CCUAUAGAUUCACACACAUGGACACAUGUGUUUAUUGUUGUGUUCUUGAUUUUAGUUAGGACACACAUUUCCAUAUAUUUCCCAUAAGAAAUAAAAAAAAAACCUAAAAGACAGUUAAACAGUUUUUAAGAAAUAUAUUUAUCUCAUAUUAUAGAUUUAAGUAUAAGCGAAAAAAUCUUGAAAAUGUGUUCAGUAGGAGAUGAUUUUGAAACUGAAGGUGAAAAACACAUGCCUCAGUUUAAAAAUUUAACACUGAGUAGCCUUAAAUGCAAUAAAUGCAGAGAGGAAAUCCCAGUUGUCUUGCUUCGUCACAAAGAUGCCUAUUGUAGGACAUGUUUUUUAGCAGGAACUAAUCACAAAUUUAAGGGGUUGCUUGGAAAAUCUAAACUAAUCCGUCCCAAAGAUAGAGUCCUCGUUUCAUAUUCGACUGGUCACCAAGGGACAGCACUAUUGCAUCUUCUCAAAAGUGGAAUUGAUCUAAGUACACCUAAAAAACUGAGAUUUGAACCCGUUUUUGUAUUUGUUGAAGACCAAUACCAUUUGAAUGUAAAGGAACGGGAAGAGAUGGUAACCAAAGUUAUCAAAGAAGCAUCAUCCUAUCAUUUUACAAUGCACCUUGUAUCAUUUGCUGAUAGCAUCAAGUGUAAUGAUAUAAAUAUAUUUGAAAACUGCAUUCCCCUUAAUGAAAAUGACAAUGAGAGAAUAGGCCUGCAUAUCGAGAAAUCCACCAGUUUGACAAAUAGGAAGGAGCUUCUUAAUAUUAUGAAGCGAAAUGUGCUUAUAUCUGCAGCUAGGAAAUUGAAGUGCAACUUUAUUUUUACCACUGAAUUGUUACCGGAUAUAGCAUCAAAUUUAUUGACGAAUGUCGCAUUAGGACGAGGCUCGCUAAUUUCAGUUGAAUCAGGAUUCUGCGAUGAUCGAGACGAAAACAUAAAAAUUUUAAGACCUCUCAGAUGUUUUGAUUUAAAAGAAUUAGCCUUUUAUAAUGUUAUUCAUGGUAUAGAGCCUGUGUCUAUCAGACAGCCUCUGGAAGAUAACUUUACCUCAAUUCAAUCAUUAAUGGGUCAAUUUAUAAAUAAUUUACAAGAAAGUUUUUCUGCUACAAUCACGACUGUCGUUAAAACUGGGGAUAAAUUAGCGACAGAUGAUAAAAGAAUUAGUGGAAAAUGUAAAGUUUGCCAGGGAUCAAUUUUAACCAAAACUGAUGAUCUCAAAUCCGAAGAGUCUACAAAGUUUUCCAGGUUAGUAUCGAAUGAGGUGCCCGAUCACAGUCUUUCCAGAAAAGAAAAAUACAACAAAAUCAUUAACAGAUUUACGCAUUCCACACAAAAACCGAUUGAAUAUUGUUAUGCGUGUUCAAAACUUUCAGACUAUUUGUUAAAUGAUUUAUCAUAAAAAUAAAAAUGUAAAAUUUGCAUAAAAUG